UUCAAAAAAUAGUGACGUCACAUCCUUCCCGUGAUGCUUUGCGGACUCAAAUUGAACGAUCGGCAAAAGAAAACAAUUGUGUUUUACGUGCUCUGUUUUAAAGAGUCAAACGCAUAAAACUAGAGUUUUCAACUGGAAUUAGUGCCGCAAAGAAAAACACUUCAACGGUGCGUAACCGGGAAGAUUGAAUCCGGCCAGGCAUCAUGGAUCAGGACUAUGAGUGCAGGCUGCUCAGGCAGAUCAACAUUCAAAAUGAGAACGCAAGCCCCAUAAAAGCGGUAGGAGCGGUGCGUGCGCUGACACCCACCAGCUCCCCCCUCUCCUCCCCCAGCAAGCAUGGCGAUCGCUUUAUUCCCUCCCGGGCUGGAGCCAACUGGAGUGUCAACUUCCACCGCAUCAAUGAAAUUGAAAAGUCGCACAAUCAAAACAGAAAAACCAAAGACGGCACAACCGACAGCAACAAAGCGGAUGGUCUGGCUUACUCAGCUCUGCUGAAGAACGAGCUGCUGGGAGCGGGCAUCGAGAAAGUCCAGGACCCCCAGUCAGAAGACCGCCGCCUGCAGCCAUCUACUCCCGCCAAGAGAAGCCUUUUUAGUUAUUCUGUAAGUGCUAAGAGGGCUCUGCCAGAAGAGGAUGGAAACACAGUCUCUCCAUAUUCUCUAUCACCUGUCAGCAGUAACAGCCAGAAGUUGCUGCGGUCGCCAAGGAAACCUACACGUAAAAUAUCCAAAAUUCCUUUCAAAGUCUUGGAUGCUCCAGAGCUUCAGGACGACUUCUACCUCAACCUAGUGGACUGGUCCUCUCUUAAUGUACUCAGUGUUGGACUGGGUACCUGUGUCUACCUGUGGAGUGCCUGCACCAGUCAGGUGACGCGUCUAUGCGAUCUUUCUGUAGAAGGAGAUUCAGUAACGUCAGUGGGCUGGUCGGAGAGGGGUAACCUGGUGGCAGUGGGGACUCAUAAAGGCUAUGUACAGAUCUGGGAUGCAGCAGCAGGAAAAAAGCUCUCCGUACUAGAGGGACACACAGCCAGAGUGGGUGCGUUGGCAUGGAAUGCGGACCAGCUGUCGUCUGGAAGCCGUGAUCGGGUGAUCCUCCAGCGGGACAUCAGGGCCCCGCCUCUCCAGUCAGAGCGCCGUCUCCAAGGACACAGACAGGAAGUCUGCGGGCUCAAGUGGAGCACAGACCACCAACUGCUAGCCUCGGGUGGAAAUGACAACAAGCUACUUGUGUGGAACCACUCGAGCGUACUCCCGGUGCAGCAGUACACGGAGCACUUGGCUGCGGUGAAGGCCAUCGCCUGGUCUCCCCACCAGCACGGCCUGCUGGCCUCCGGAGGCGGAACCGCAGACCGCUGCAUCCGCUUCUGGAACACUCUGACCGGCCAGCCUUUACAGUGCACAGACACUGGCUCUCAGGUCUGCAACCUGGCCUGGUCCAAACACACUAAUGAACUGGUCAGCACACAUGGUUACUCCCAGAACCAGAUCCUGGUGUGGAAAUAUCCCUCUCUCACUCAAGUGGCAAAACUUACUGGACAUUCCUACAGAGUGCUCUACCUGGCCAUGUCCCCUGACGGAGAGGCCAUUGUGACGGGAGCUGGAGAUGAAACACUUCGGUUCUGGAACGUCUUUAGCAAAAUGAGAUCGACAAAGGAAUCAGUGUCGGUUCUAAACCUCUUCACCAGGAUCCGUUAGCACGCCACUCUACUACGAGGGGAUAACGCCGGGAAGGGAAUUUAACUUUGCAUGUAUCAAACUGUAAAUGGGCCUCUUCUUUUGAGUAUUUACCUCAGUGGUCUGCAGAGGGCCCCCCUCGAUCGCUCUUCGUUAUCUAGCCAAGUUGUAGCUGGAGGUGUGAGGGAGGGAGCCGGAGAGAUGCUAAGCCUGAGUGUCGAGGGCAGAGGAGAUGCGCAUGUACAGUGUUCCACUUCCUCCUUAAUGACGGAGCCACUGGCUCCACUUCCUCCAUCUGUUGGAGGAAGUGGAGCCACUUUCUCCAACAGACCAGGGAGCUCUGAUUACAAGAGAAUAUGGGGGCGUUUCUCUCCCCAUGUGAUUACGUUUUGUUUACAGACGGACAUUGUGCUUUCCUGCCAAAUAUUGAGUUUGUCCUUUUGAUUGUCUUAUUUAUUUUAUUUAGUUUUUUUCCUUUUUUUUUGUAUUUUAAAAACAUUUUUGAAAUGUAUUCCUACUAGUGUGUUUGUUCUGAAGGCUGGUAGGUUUUCUUUUAUGUGUGUAAUUGCAGUUUAUGGUCUGAUCUGUGGACUGUGUUUGCAGAGAAAAGCCAGGCUUGUCUUUUUGUAUUUUUACUGAGGGACAAUAAUUUUUCACAUACAUUGAUAACUGAUUACAUAACCCUGUGCCGUUUCAAGAACUGUAAAUACUUAACAAGGAUUGGACAAAUCGGCCUGAUCUUUAAAUCUUACAUUAAGUUAAUUUUAGUCUAUUAAUAUUAGGCAGAAUUGGCUUAUUGUUUUAUAAUCUCAAGAAAAAUCUUUUAAUGGCACAUCUUAAGAGGAAAUAAUUAUUUGGAAACACUGUACAUAAGAGCAGUUCCUACGAAAGUAAUCCACAUGAAAAUAAGAGGAUUUAAAUUUGACUUGUGUGGAAUCUUUUCAAUCAUCAUCUCCUAUUUCUUCAGUGUAAAAUCAGGUUAAUUAAGUUAAAAUAAAAACACUUUGUCUUAUCAAUGUAGUUUGUAACUAAAGAACACAGUAAACACAUUUGGGAUUAAAUCUGAGUGAAAAUGGUGUUCUGUGCGGAGCUGCUGCUUUGUGCUGUGUCUGCUAAGAUAUUCAAGCUUGAGGCACUUGUCUUUUGCUACUUCACACCGUGUCUGUGUUGCGCAGUCAUGCAUUCUACUUUAUUUUUGUUAUAUAUCUGAAAAAAAGAUUUCACAUCUGCAUUAUUUCCCCCCAAUUUUGAUUAUCCUUUUUCCUCGUUUGAAUGUUUGAGUCAGCUAGCGUGCCACAUUUAAACAGAUGCUAUUUAUUUGUGUUGUGAAGAAAGGUUAUUCUACAGAAAUGGCAUGUUUGUUUACUAAUGAUAUCUGGGGGAAGUUGAUGGGCAGUUUCACUGCCAGACUUUAUGGACAUUUAUUUGAAUACCACUUCAAAAUCAAGACAAUGCUGCAAACUUGAAUUACAGAAAGAAUGUUAAAAAUAAAUAUUUCUGUACUGAGAGAUAAUCAACAAUUAAACGAUCAUAUCUUGUA